GCUUUAUAAUAUCACACUUUUUAUUGGUGAUAUGAUAAAUAAAGAAUCAACAUGUAACGUUGUGAAUUGUGAUACUAUACAAUGGGACUAAAGCUAAAGUUUUUUCUAAAAUCAGUGACCAAAAUCACAAUAAACAAAUAUCAGGGACCAAAACAAAUUAUUAUAAGCCUUAACAUUUAACAAAAUCUUCCUAAUCCCUCUUUUCUUCAUUCCUUUCACUCUCACUCUCACAAUCCUGGUGAUGCCGUCUCACACUUCAAUCGCUUACUCCGAAUGUGUCCUACUACCCCUUCCAUCGUUGAAUUUAACAAGAUUUUAACUUCCCUUGUUAAGACCAAGAAGCAUUACUCCACCGCUAUCUCGCUUUCUCACCAGAUGGAGUUCACUGGAAUCAAGCCAAGCCUUGUUACUAUGAACAUCUUGAUCAAUUGCUACUACCACCUAGGUCAAAUCAAUUCCGCUUUUUCUGUACUCGCCAGAAUUCUCAAGAGUGGUUAUCAGCCUGAUACCAUCACCUUCAAUACUCUCAUCAAAGGUCUCUGUCUUCACGGCAAGGUCCCCAAAGCACUGCAAUUUCAUGAUGACGUGCUGGCAAAGGGAUUUCUGUUGAAUCAAGUCAGUUACGCGACCUUGAUCAAUGGGCUAUGUAAAAUUGGGGAAACAAGAGCUGCUUUGGAGUUGCUUAGGCGGAUUCAAGGGCGAGGGAUUAAACCUAAUGUGGUAAUGUACAACACCAUCAUUGAUAGCCUGUGUAAAGAUAAACUUGUAAGUCAUGCUUGCAAUUUAUAUUCUGAAAUGCUUGCAAAGAGAAUUCCUCCUGAUAUUUUCACUUACAAUGCUUUAAUAUAUGGCUUUUGCAUUGUUGGUCAAUUGAAACAAGCAAUUGGGUUGCUAGAUGAAAUGGGAUUGAAAAACAUAGACCCAGAUGUGUAUACUUAUAAUAUAUUGGUCGAUGCUUUAGGUAAGGAAGGGAAGGUGAGAGAAGCUAAGAACAUGUUAGCUGUGAUGAUGAAACAGGGUGUGAAACCUAAUGUUGUUACUUAUAAUUCUUUGAUGGAUGGGUAUUGCCACUACUAG